AUGAACAUGAACGACAGUUUCUUUGACAAUAUAGAAGUUUUAAACUAAAAUGUAACUACAUAUAGUAAACCAUAAACUAUUUGCAAAUCUUUAGAGCGUUCAUUCGCAAUUUGCAGUAAUCCACCUAACAAAAAUAUUCAUCAACAAAGUUAAUCACACAAAGACGUUUCUAUAUAAAGACAUUAAUCAUACAAAUUAGAUUACUUUUUAAAAUAAUAAGUGAAGAAUUCUUAAAACAAUACUUAAUCUAAAAGCUUUAGAAGUAUAAAAUAAUAAGAUUAUAACACAAACAAUUUGACAUAAAACCCUUAAAAAUCCUAUUUAAAGCAAUAGAUGAGAUUAAAAAUAAACUUGGAGAAUGAUGCUUAUUAAUCUAAUUUGAGACACAAAACCUCAUCUUCACACAAUACAACUAAUCCUUAUUAAUCAUCUUUAGCAACUUUAAUGAAAUAACAAAUGCAGAAAUAAUAAUAAAGUUAUGCCAACAUAUGCAAGACUUUGAACGAUGAAUCUAAACCAAGAAUUUCUUCAACACAUAGGCAAUCUAUAGUUCCUUAAAAAUUAACUUAAAGAUAAGAUUCUGUCAAUAUAAGAAAGAGCAAUUCAGUCUAUAUGCAAGAAUUUAGAAAAAUGUUUAGCAAAAGCAAAUAUAGCAUGCACAACAAUAUUUGA